AAGAGCUCCAAGACAUUCGAGCCUCCUCUGAAUAAAGCUGCCGUUGCUUCGAAAAGAAGAGCAGAGAGGAAGAAAGAAAGGCUAACAAGAAAAAAAAAAAGCAAGAACGCAGGAACCUUCCCUCAAGUGAAUCCCAAGGAGGCCACAAGUCAACAGGAACAACUAAAAGAACUCCUCGCCUGCCAGAAUCAGCUACCCGUACUUGCUGCUUUGACUGGUGGCUGAAUUUUCGAAGCAACCCGAAUUGAGGCAGCUGCAUCUGUGAAGCCCACCUGAAUAAAACCAGGAAGCUGCUCUCUUCCUGCCGAAGGAGAAUCCCCUGAGGAACUUUUCACCUUGUCCCCUUAAAGAAUAGUGCACCCUUUUUCUGAAGCACACCCGGCCACAAUGAGUUCUGAGCACUUGGUGCACGAUGUGGAGAAAGGGAGCGUAGUUGUGAUCCGGGAAUCACCCCAGAAAGACAGCCAUUGGAAGUGUCUUAGCAUCUGCUCCUUCUUGCUUCUGAUUGGGGCCAUGGUCGUGUUUGCCCUCUUGCAACUUGGCGCGUUUGGACCGUCCGAAAAGCAGGACUCUAAAACACGUGGAAAUUCAUUUUCUGAACAUCUGCCCGACACAAUGAAAGUGCAAGCCUUGAGGUCUGGAAAACCAGCUGCCCAUGCUGUUGCUUCCUCCUUUCAUGCACCACAACUGAAGUGGACUACAAAUGUGGUCCCUUCCAUUCUGGAGAACGGCAUGACGCUAAAUGAGCAAGACAACUCCCUUAUUGUGCCUUCUGAUGGAUUGUACUUCGUCUACUCUCAGCUCGUAUUCCACAAAGACCACUGCACAAAACCUCUUCUGCUCACCCACAACAUCAGUUGCCUGUCCUCAGAGUUCAACUCUGAGGUGGAAUUGCUAAAAUCCAUUAAGUCUGUCUGUGAGGACACCUCCAGCAGUAAAAAACUGUGGUUUGAAUCUAUUUAUCAAGGGGCUGUCUUCAAGCUGAACAAAGGAGACCGCUUGUGGUCCAAAACAGAUUCCACUGAAUUUCUGGACUUCACUCAAUCAACACAGAUUUAUUUUGGGGUUAUUGCCAUGUAAGAAAAGAUCUCGUGAUACCUAAUUACAACUCCAUGUAUUUCUGCUUUGUGUAUUUCUGCUACUCAUAAAAAAAAAAAAAGCUUCUUUGAGCUUAUAGAGAAGCCCACAAAAAGUUUUUUAAAAAAUCUCACUGCUAAGAUUGAAAAUUUGUCCACUGGCAUAACAGUAUGCUGUAAGAGAAAUGCCUGUGUAGGGAGACAGUAUUAGCACCAUUAUUAUGAGUCACUUUUAAAC